CGCCAUUUUCUUUUUCUCCAUCAUCAGCUCACCCAAAUUCUCUUCAAAGUUUGAAAAAUAUAAUCAACAACUCCCUCUCUUCACAAGCUCAGUAGGUUGUCUUUAAAAAACAGAAGAAAUCUCUCUAGCAGCAAUGAAAGGAGUAGUUUUAAGGACGACACCAGAUGUAUAUAAGCAGAGACUAUGGAAAAGAAGCUAUUUGGAUCGAAAUCACAAGGUUGAUAUUGUUAAUGGUAAAAAAGGUUCAUUUUUAGGCGUGAUGAGGCCAAGUUUUGGUGGUGUCGGAGCAAUUACCAGUCGUGGUAUGAUGCAAGAAUGCUCUUGUUGUUGUUCGUUCCAUGGCAAUGGAAAGAACAUCUCGAGUUCAAGACAAAGGAGGCUUGAGACGCGGGCUGAAGCAAUACUUUCACCUAUCUCUGAUCCUACACCAACUAUGCAAAAGAGAGUAUUUACUUUUGGCAAAGGAAGGAGUGAAGGGCAUAAGGGCAUGAAGUCUCUGUUGGGCGGGAAAGGAGCAAACCUUGCAGAGAUGUCCAGCAUUGGGCUAUCAGUUCCACCUGGACUUACCAUAUCAACAGAAGCAUGCCAGGAGUAUCAGCAGAAUGGGAAAAAGCUACCAGAAGACAUAUGGGAGGAGAUAUUGGAAGGGUUAAAGAUUGUGGAACAGGACAUGGGUGCCACCCUUGGUGACCCUUCCAAGCCACUUCUCCUCUCGGCUCGUUCCGGUGCUGCGAUUUCGAUGCCUGGUAUGAUGGACACUGUCCUUAACCUUGGACUGAAUGAUGAAGUGGUUGCUGGUUUGGCGGCAAAAAGUGGCGAUCGUUUCGCUUAUGACUCUUAUCGACGUUUCCUUGAUAUGUUUGGAGAUGUUGUGAUGGGCAUUCCACACUCAUUGUUUGAGGAAAAGCUAGAGACAAUGAAGGAAGCAAAAGGAGCUAAACUUGACACGGAUCUAACUGCAAAUGACCUCAAAGAACUCGUUGAACAAUACAAGAAUGUUUACUUAGAAGCCAAGGGUGAAAGGUUUCCUUCAGAUCCGAAGCAGCAGUUGUUUUUGUCUGUUAAGGCAGUUUUUGAUUCUUGGGACAGUCCAAGAGCCAAUAAGUAUAGAAGCAUCAAUCAGAUAACUGGUUUAAAGGGAACUGCAGUGAACAUUCAGACAAUGGUGUUUGGUAACAUGGGAAAUACUUCAGGGACCGGGGUUUUAUUCACUAGAAAUCCUAGCACCGGUGAGAAAAAGCUAUACGGGGAAUUCCUCGUAAAUGCUCAGGGAGAAGAUGUUGUUGCUGGAAUUAGAACACCAUAAGACUUGGACACCAUGAAAAGCUACAUGCCUGAAGCUUACAAGGAGCUGGUUGAGAACUGUGAGAUUCUUGAGCGGCAUUACAAAGAUAUGAUGGACAUUGAAUUCACAGUUCAAGAAAAUAGAUUAUGGAUGCUGCAAUGUCGAUCUGGAAAGCGUACCGGUAAAGGUGCAGUUAAGAUUGCUGUAGACAUGGUUAAUGAAGGGCUAGUUGAUAAACAUGCUGCAAUUAAGAUGGUGGAACCACAGCAUCUAGACCAAAUUCUUCAUCCACAGUUUGAGGAUCCAUCUGCUUACAAAGACAAAGUGGUUGCCAUGGGCUUACCGGCUUCCCCUGGAGCAGCUGUUGGGCAGGUUGUGUUCACAGCAGAUGACGCUGAAGAGUGGCGUGCACAAGGAAAAAGUGUUAUCUUGGUAAGGACUGAAACCAGUCCGGACGAUGUUGGAGGUAUGCAUGCGGCAGCAGGGAUUUUGACGGCUAGGGGUGGAAUGACAUCUCAUGCAGCUGUUGUAGCACGUGGAUGGGGAAAGUGCUGUGUUUCUGGCUGUUCCGAUAUUCGUGUGUACAAUGCUGAGAAGGUUCUCUCAGUUGGAGGAGUAGAAAUCCAAGAAGGAGAAUGGCUUUCACUCAAUGGCUCUACUGGUGAAGUGAUUCUCGGAAAACAGUCGCUUUAUCCUCCAGCAUUAAGUGGUGAUUUAGAAACCUUCAUGUCUUGGGCUGACCAAGUUAGGCACAUCAAGGUAAUGGCAAAUGCUGACACACCAGAAGAUGCAUUGACAGCAAGAAAUAAUGGUGCUCAAGGGAUUGGCCUUUGCAGGACAGAACACAUGUUCUUUGCUUCAGAUGAGAGAAUAAAGGCUGUGAGAAAGAUGAUAAUGGCAGUAACCCCUGAACAAAGGAAAGCGGCCCUUGACAUCUUACUUCCUUAUCAAAGAUCAGAUUUCGAGGGAAUUUUCCGUGCAAUGGAUGGCCUUCCGGUAACAAUCCGAUUGUUAGACCCUCCACUUCAUGAGUUUCUUCCAGAGGGAGACUUGGAAGAGAUAGUGAGUGAAUUAACUUCAGAGGCAGGCACAACUGAAGAUGAAGUUUUCUCAAGAAUUGAAAAGUUAUCAGAAGUGAAUCCCAUGCUUGGUUUCCGAGGCUGCAGGCUGGGGGUAUCAUAUCCUGAACUAACUGAGAUGCAGGCCCGUGCCAUCUUUCAGGCUGCCGUCUCAAUGAGCAACCAAGGGGUUAAAGUUCUUCCUGAGAUAAUGGUUCCCCUUGUUGGAACUCCCCAGGAACUUGGUCAUCAAGUCGGUUUAAUACGGAGUAUUGCAAAGAAAGUGUAUUCUGAGAUGGGUUCUAUCUUAAGCUACAAGGUGGGGACAAUGAUUGAAAUACCCAGAGCUGCCUUAGUUGCUGAUGAGAUUGCAAAGGAAGCUGAAUUAUUCUCUUUCGGGACCAAUGAUCUUACACAAAUGACAUUCGGGUAUAGUCGAGAUGAUGUUGGAAAAUUUCUCCCCAUAUAUCUAUCCAAAGGCAUUCUGCAAAGUGACCCCUUUGAGGUUCUUGAUCAGAAAGGUGUAGGCCAACUCAUCAAAUUCGCCACGGAAAAGGGUCGCCAAGCUAGGCCAAGUUUGAAGGUUGGAAUUUGUGGAGAGCAUGGAGGGGAGCCUUCUUCUGUUGCAUUCUUUGCAGAAGCUGGAUUGGACUAUGUUUCAUGUUCUCCAUUCAGGGUUCCAAUUGCAAGGCUAGCAGCAGCUCAAGUUGCCAUAUGACAGGAUCUGGAAAUCACCCCAAGCAACUCCAUUAUCAGAUGCUCCUGCAACUGUUGUGCUAUUUGCAAAAUGUAAAUAAAUUUCAUACAAAAUAUUUUAUAGAAUAAGCAGAUUGCUGUCAUGUAUAAGCCUACAAAAGAAAUACUACAAUGAACAUUGACUAUACAAAGUGUAAAUAUUGAAUAAGACUCGCCUCCUCAUAUGUCAUCGAGAUAGAGUUGAAACCUUUGAUUAUUACAGGAAAUUUU